ACCCCCUACGCGGGGGGCCUGUUCCGCAUGAAGCUGCUGCUGGGCAAGGAUUUCCCGGCCGCUCCCCCCAAGGGUUUCUUCCUCACCAAAAUUUUCCACCCCAACGUGGGGGCCAACGGCGAAAUCUGCGUCAACGUCCUCAAGAGAGACUGGGGACCCGAGCUGGGGCUGCGCCACGUGCU